AUGGCGUUCUUCGCUAAGAAGAAGAAAUUCAAGUUCCAAACGCAUCUGACGCUGGAGGAACUGAGCGCGGUGCCUUUCGUAAAUGGGGUUCUCUUCUGUAAAGUUCGUCUGCUGGACGGAGACUUCGUCGCUUCCUCCUCCAGGGAGGAAGUACGUGAGAACUGCGUACGAUGGAGAAAGAGGUUCUCUUUUGUGUCCAAAAUGAGUGCAAACCCGCACACGGGCGUGCUGGACCCGUCUGUCUGCCGGGUGUCUGUCAGGAAGGAGCUGAAAGGUGGGAAAGCAUUCACGAAGCUGGGCUUCGCGGAUCUAAACAUGGCUGAGUUUGCGGGCUCGGGGUCAACGGUGCGUUGCUGCCUUCUGGAGGGCUACGACACCAAGAACACGCGACAGGAUAACUCCAUUCUCAAGGUAAUCAUUGGGAUGACCCUCCUGUCUGGAGACCCCUGUUUUAAAACUCCGGCCAGCACGGCCAAGAGCAUCUCCAUCCCAGGACGUGAGCACACCCUGCAGCUGGACUGCAAGGGGGAGGGAACCAAGACAGAAGCCGGGCCCACCGGGGGGAUUUCUCUCGGCCGGACGCCCAAACAUCGACCUUCCAUCGUUAGCUCGGGUCUUUUGGAAGAUUCCGAAGCGAAUCCAAGUGCGCCCUCAGAACUGUUCCAGUCUGGACACUCUCGUAACUCCAGCUACGCCAGCCAGCACAGCAAAAUCUCAGGCUACAGCACCGAGCACUCUUGCUCCUCCAGCCUGUCGGACUUGACCCACCGCAGGAAUACUUCUACCGGCAGCAGCGCCUCCGGAGGCCUGGGGGGCUUCGCUACCGACACUCCCACAGAUGCAGAAAAAGAAGCGGGGCGCUCGGAUAGACCCCCACGACCUCCCAGGCCGCUCCUGCCCAAUAGCAGGCCUCUCAGGAGAAAGCCAGACUCUGUGGAGAAUCAGCCAUCUUGGGUGGAUGACACCCGCAUGGACGCUGAUGACAUUGUGGAAAAGAUUGUCCAGAGCCAAAACUUUGAGGACGUCAACAACACUGAAGACAGCAACCUGCGUCUGUUCAUCAACCGUGACGGGAGCACCGCGCUCAGCGCCAUCCGCUUGGGCAACAGGGUGUCAGCCGGCGGCUACGAGCCCGUGGUCAUCGAGAGCCACUAG